CUCCUUCAGCGGUUGUAGAAACAAGGUCCGAGCUCACUUUUCUGCUUCUCCUUUGAAUCUCAGAUUUGUGGAAAAUGCCCGGAGGGUUUCAGGGUCUUUCAGUUCUGCCCGAGGAGGCCCAGCAGCUUUCAGUGUGUAAAGUAGAAGUUUCCUCAGAGCAGCAGGAGAGCAGCUUCAGUCUGAACCAGGAGAUCAUUGAGCCUCUGCACAUUAAAGAGGAACCAGAGGAACCGUGGAGCAGUCAGGAGGGAGAGCAGCUUCAAGGGCCAGAGGUGGCUGAUAUCAUCAAGUUCACUUUUGAUCCUGUCCAGGUAAAGAGCGAAGAUGACGAAGAGAAACCUCAGCCCCCACAGCUUUAUGAGAGACAAGCUGAACAGAUGGAAACAGGAGCUGAUGGAGAGGACUGUGGAGGAGCAGAAGCAGAGAGAAAUUUACAACCAGAAACUGAGGUUAAGAUUGAUGACUUCUCUGACCCUGAGACUGACGACAGUGCUGAUUGGAGAAGGGAGACAACAAAACACCAGUCAGAUUUAAACUCAGUAAAAGACAACAAAAAUAAGACUGAUAAGGAACCACAUCGCUGCUCUGAAUGUGAUAAAACAUUUAAACACAAAAGUCGUCUCAUAGAACAUUUAAGAAUUCACACAGGAGAGAAACCCUUCAGCUGCCCUGAGUGUGGCCAAAGAUUUAACCAUAAAAGAAGCUUGACAAAACACAUGAACGUCCACUUGGGCGAGAAACCCUUCAGCUGCUCUGUUUGUGCUAAAAGAUUUAACCAAAAGGGUACUCUUACAGAACAUAUGAGAAUUCACACAGGAGAGAAACCCUUCAGCUGCUCUGAGUGUGGCAAAAGAUUUAACAAACAGUGUAAUCUUAAAAUUCAUUUGAGAAUUCACACAGGAGAGAGACCCUUCGUCUGCUCUGAGUGUGGUAAAAGUUUUAACAAAAACAGAAACCUGAGCAGACACAUGUUGGUUCACACUGGGCAGAAACUCUUGAGCUGCUCUAAAUGCAGUAAAACAUUUGGCCUGAAAAAUAAUCUGAUAAGACACAUGAGAAUUCAUCUGAGAGAGACACCCUUUGGCUGCUCUGUGUGUGGGGAAGGAUUUUGCCUUAAAGGUCUUCUAACAAAACAUAUGAGAAGUCACCCAGGAGAGAAACGCUUCAGCUGCUUUGAGUGUGGGGAAAGAUUUAUCAAAAAAAGUCAGCUGAGACCCCACAUGAGAACUCAUUCAAGAGAGAAACACUGCAGCUUUUCUAAAUCUGGCCAAACAUUUAACAAGCAAAGUGGCAGGACCCAAAACACAGCAGUUCAUACAAACACAUUAGAAUUAACACCAGAGAGAAACCCUUCGACUGCUCUUAAUGGUCUAAAAGAUUUAGCCAAAACUCUUUCCUGAAAUGGCUCAUGGAUCAUCAGGUUUCAGAUCCUCUUCAAAGCCAAACAGAGGAGAAAAGAGGGGCAGAAACGGGAGCUGAUGGAAAGGAUCAGACCCGGACAGGAACUCUGACCCAGAGAGACAUUCA